AGUGAAGAGGACGGCCGUAAGCCUGCUUCAAAGACAUACGUACAACUUUUGAGAAACCGGAUCGAUCUCCUGGAAGCCGUGUUGCAGUCCCACACCAUCGAUGUCGAGGCUGCCGUCGCCCAGCUCUCGGCCACCGGAUCAGCACCACAACUACCGUCCAUCGCCAGCACUUUAGCAACCGGUAGCGAUGCUGGACUCAGCGUUUCGGCUUUUGACGACCUAUGUGCCACCUUUGAAGGAGCUCUCUCCCUGGAUGAAUCGGUGAACUAUGAUCAGGAUGGAGAGAUGCGAUACUUCGGCCCGGCGAGCGGCCGCUUAGAGUUCCAGAGUGGUGCGUAUCGCUUAUUAUUAUCCCCGGCUGGGUUGGUUAUUGACAAGUCUCUAGAAUCUACGCCCGAGUCCGACGAUCAUGGCAGCCCAUUGACAUCCAAGUCCACGGAGACUAACCGUUACAUCCUUCCUCUGGAGGCAGACGUCUACCCGGAUGAUCUUACUACAGAACUGAUAGACUUGUUCUUUGAGACCGACACCCGUUCCAUCCCAGACGACCAAAACUCGGCCGGCAAAGUCUUUCUCCAGAAAGCUGAAGUCCUUUUACAUUAUGACAUGAAACGACCGAACAUCACGACAAUUCAGUCAAUGUCCAUUUUGGUCGGGGUCUAUGUGUCCUACGGAUGCGAUGCUGCCGGAUGGCUACACCAAGGAAUGGCAAAUCGACUAGCUCUUGACAUGGGACUCAACCUUGACGCGUCGUCGUUGUCUGGCACGUGCCACAUGUCCAACGAAGAAGUAGAGUUGAGACGACAGAUUUAUUGGGCCCUAUACUGUGACGACAAACUUGCCGCCAUAUACACGGGGCGAGUCUGUAGUCUUUUGGAUGUCCAAGGCGCUGUCCAUUUACCGUCAACAUACACACCGGAACAAAUGAGUGCUGCAGCAACAAACGACUCAUGCGACGUAAACAGAUGCAAUAAAAAGGUCCUCGUACACCGCGGCCUAAUAGGCCUCUGUCGAAUCCUUGAGAACAUCCUCCUGGCUCUAUACGCCCCAAAACCACUCUACAAAGGCCCGCAAAGGAUUUCCUUCCUCCAAUCCUGCACUCUCGAGCUCAAAACCUGGUUCUACGAACUCCCCGCUGACCUCCGCAUCGACAAACACAACGACCUGCCCCAAGUCUACACCCUCCACAUGGUCUACCACACCUGCUGCAUCCUCCUCUUCAAGCCCUUCCUCCUCAAAUCCAAAGACACGCCCCCGGCCCUCAAAACAGACACGGCUAAACGCGCAGAGGUCCUCUGCAUCGAGUCGGCCAAACGUAUCUGCCACGCCGGCAAAAAGUACCGCCAGGUCUUUGGCUCGUUCCGGCGGAGCCCUAUCACCGCGACGCACUGCACGCUCACCGCAGCGCUGGUGCUUAUUCAGUACGCGAGCCCUGACCCGGAGUUUGCGAAUACGGGAAGGCCGUGUUGUACCGUCUACAUUGAAGCGUGUCUGGAGGUCCUGGCGGACCUGGGCAUCUCCUGGCGUCCUGCUGCGAAGAUGCGGUCCGAUCUGAUCAAGUACCUGCACCAGAAAUACCCGGAGCGGAUGCCAAACUCCAUCCUGCAGGAGCAAGAUGCCCGCAAGGACCCGGAUCCGGAUCCAACGGCACCGGCAUCGGCGGCGGUGGUAGAAAGCGACACCAAUGGUGCAGUAUCAAGUUCUAUGCAGCCGCAGCCGACGCUAGAGCAGAGCCUGUGUCCCUUGAUCAACAUGAUUGACCAAGACUUCACGUGGGACGAGUCCAGCGCGGCGGACCAGACGCUCCAGGGGGCGUUGCUGAGUCACGGCGGAUCGGAGUCGGCUUUCAACACGCAAUUCGCUCUGGCGGAUUCUAUCGGUGAACUUGGCGAGCAGAAUGGUCUGAGUUUCAUGGAUGAUAGCUUCUGGGCGGGGAUGAAUUUCGACAUGAAUCUCGAAAUGCAAAAUCCGUGA